GUUUCGAACGACGCAAGCUCCGAGCUGUUUAAGCCGAGUAGCCGAGUACAAGUUGCCCUCCCGGCGAAGCUAGUUCACAUGCCCGGCGAACCGCAUCACCCCCUCGGCCCUUUCACCCCCGACAGCGCACCCUCUCCGGGCUCCCAUUUGUCCUCUGUCUAUCGGAACUAUCUCAGUCUCAUUUACGGCUUUCUUCGUCGUGAUCAGGAGGCACGGCAAGCGGCAAUCGGGCGAGAUGAGCGACCAGGAGGAUCUGGAUUAUUACAUCAUGUUCCCGUCGUUCCCGCCGUCCCCGAAGGACCCGACGCUGACCGCGGCCGGGCAGGAUCAGCGGGAGGAGUUCGUGUUUGUGUACGAGGAGGACAAGCGGCCGGUCGUGAUCCUGCUGGGAUGGGCCGGCUGUCAGGACCGUUACCUGGCCAAAUACAGCUCGAUCUACGAGGAGAAGAGCUGCAUCACGCUGCGCUACACGGCGCCGGUGGAGUGCCUGUUCUGGCGCCGGGACAAGAUGCCUUACAUCGGCAAGCGGCUGCUGCAGGUGAUCACGGACAAGCGGCUGGACGAGCACCCGAUAUUCUUCCACGUCUUCAGUAACGGCGGCGCGUUCCUGUAUCAGCACGUCAGCCUCGCGAUGCAGAGGGCUAACACGCCAUUCAAGGUCAGGGGAGUGAUAUUCGACAGCGCGCCCGGCGAGAGGAGAUUAACGGCGCUUUUCAAGGCGAUCAGCGCGAUUAUCGGCGGUCAUCCCCUCACGAAUCUGCCGAUGUCGUUCGUCAUCACGUUCUUCCUCUCCGUACUCUGGUUCUUCGAGGUAAUUGCGCAGGCUUUCAGCAGAGCGCCUAUUCAAACGAACCCGAUCGCCCUCGCCGAGGAAGCCUAUUCCUGGCCUCAGCUGUUUCUGUACUCCAACAGCGACACUCUGAUCCCGGCGUCCGACGUCGAGAAGUUCGCCAGCCGGCGGGCCGAGCGGGGUGUGCGGGUCCAGCUCGUCCUGUUCACUAAUUCGCCGCACGUCAAGCACUACACGACCUACCGCGACGUCUACGUGAACACCGUGUGCGGCUUCAUCCACGAAUGCCUGAUCUCGCCGAGCCCGUCGAGGAGCCUGAUGUCGUCCCUGGAUCGCGGCGACGAUCAUGGCUCCCAGAGCUACGACGCGCCACCGGGUCUCACCAAGCGCGUCGUGCUGCCUCACGAGGCCAGCAAGCAGCAGAAUUAGUAGUCCGGAAGACGCUAUAUAUAGGAUAGAAUAGUCGCCCGCGACCUCGCGGAUGUGGACGUAAAAAGGGAGAGAGGAUCGAUGAUCAAUUUUAUUAUGUAGCACACUUUAUAGACUAAAAGGUCUAAGAAGAAAGGAGUGAAUUCGAAGGAAACGUCAGGAAUCCGUUUUGCGCUAUUAUACGAUCUCCCAAUCCCCGUAAUUGGAAAUUGGUUUUCGAACUGCACUGAAUUCUUUCCCUCCUAUCCUAUCUUCGUCCAUUCAUUGCGAUUCUGAGACGGAAGAAUCUAAUUAGGACGGUCAACUUCUCUGUUAGAGUUGACGUGAACCAAGAGAAGUGUUUGCAACGGUGAAACCAGAGGAAAACAUUCUAAAAAUUUUUUGAGGCGGUUUCCGAUUUCGAGGGACCGGGAGAUUAAAAUUUCGCGCAAUAAGUGUCUCACGAAUUCUUUCAAUUCAUUCGUUUCAUAUGGCAUAAAGAGGCGAUGUGCGAGAUGCUGGAAACGGUGCUACGUUCGUUAAUGUACAGUGCUGUUUUAUAUAAAGUUGAUGAUUUUAUUUUCGAGUGAAAGUUAUUCAAAUGAAAAUGUAGAUUUUUCACGAGCCGACCAAGAGAGCAGACACGCGGUGGCGUAAGAGUUUCCAAAUUAAAUGUACUUCGUAUAAGUCCAAAAAAAAAUAUGAAGACUUUUAUUAAAACUUAUCUCAAUUUUACUUCGGUGCAUUUAGAUCAUUUGUAUUUCUAGAUAACUCGAAUGUCAUAUGCACAUGCUUACUCACGCGUUAUUUACUUCCUACAAUUUGAAAAAUUCUAUAAAGACUUCUCGCGAUGUAUUGCUAUUGCAUUUAAUACAAUUCUCAGUGGAUCAGAACCGAGAUUUCUGGACGAGUUAUGUGCACUGUUUGCGGCAUCGUGAGCCUUCUCAAAAUUUUCUAAUUUUCGCGAAAAGAAACAAAAAUCAGCGAAAGAACCGAUAGUAUCCUUUCUCUCUCCCUUGCCUCAGUUCCCUUUACGUUACAGUUCCCUUUACGUCCCCGUUUCAGCUUGAUUCUUCCUUCGUACUUUUUCGUUAUUUCUUCCGCCACCGCGUGUCCGAGUGAUCGCUGUUUUAGAAGCAAGCUCGCAAGCUCGUAGACACGAAUGCAUCCUCUGUAUAAUAAUCCGGGGAACCGAGUCUCUCGCUUGUCGGACGGUUGUGCGCGUUCUCCUUCGAGAACGUCGAGGAUUAAUUGUAAGAGAGAUUUCUAAGGACGAGGUGGAUGCGUUUGAUAGAAAAUCGUACGCAAUAUGUCGCGCAAUGUGUUUUACCGCUUAUGCUCGGUGCUCUUUCCUACGCAACGGAAUAAAGGAACCCGCACAAAAGAAUCAAGCUGGACUUGAUUUUAGCUUACGCAACUCACGAUUCGAAUGCAUGGCAUUUAAUAUUGAUUCGAAUAAGAAAACGCAGGAUUCUCCUUGUGUCUCGAAUUAUAUCAGUGAUAAAUUUACGAGGAACGCUCGGCACACGAGCGUGUAGCUCUGUAUCGUUAAUAUAUCUUUAAUAUAUAAUAUAUAUAUAUUUAAAAAUAAAUAUAUUUUGAUCUGUCGAUUAGUUAUACGAAUAAAGACUGAUAAAUAAAGCUGCAAA